AUGACCAGUAGAAAGAAAUAUAGGCCAAAAGUUGUGGAUACCAGUGAAAAAAUGAAGAUAAAGAAAAGUUGUAGUGAUCCUCCCUCCUCCUUCUCGAAGAAGAAAUGUAAUCAUCCUUCCUCCAUUGAUCCCACCUCCACCAAUCCCACCUCCUUCAAUCCAGUUGAUCCCACUCUUAAUCAUCCACCAAGUUCAUCCAACCCCAAUCCAACCCCAUAUGCAAUGAGGAAAUAUCUUUCUUCAACAAACAUUGCAAACAGUGUAGAUAUCAAGAAGACGGAUAAAGCAUAUAAUACAUUGGUGAAGAUAUUUUAUUCUAAUAUGCAUGAUAUUGAUAGAGAUGAUCACAAGUUUAAGUCCCUUGUGAGGAACGUAAGUUUUGAAGUAACUCCAAACGACACUUAUUCCACUCCCAUGAAUCCAAUUUAUGGUGGGACAAUAAAGAAGAGUUUGGGGCAAGGGAAGAAGAAUAAAACUCAGCAAUCGCAGCCACAAGUCGAGAAUGAAGUUGAAGCUAAGGAUGAUGAAGCCCAAACCCAAGAUGUCCCAAAUUCUUCCACCGCUGGUGUCCCAAAUUCUUCCACAACUAGUCUUCGUCUUGAUGCAUUGCAGGUAUAUGGAAUGUUGUUGGUAUGA